CGUAACUAAGGAAACCCGCGAAGAGUCCUGCUUUUAUAUGGUGUAGUUCACAAUAGUAAUCGCGUGUGGUUUAUUAAAUUUAACAUUUUAAAAGUCUUUCUACAAUGGCGGCACAAGUCGAUAGCCCCUUUGCCUACACAGCCACUGGUCUACUCGGUGACCAAAGGCCUUCAAUGCUUCAAAACGAACUUCAUCUCAGGAACAAAGUGGGUCAAGUGAAAUCAAGAGGAUACCACCUGCCCGUCAAAGGAUUCACCUAUGGGUUACCUAAUGAUAGAAGACAAAACACAGCAGCUGAUGCAACUUGGAACAUCUCUGAUAAUAGUAUGAAUUCUGAUGCAGCUCUUCGAGGAUGGUCAGGUACAUAUUUGCCCAAAGGUGGCGCCACCAGAACAAAAGCAGCAUCAGAGCGAGAUUUCAUGGGGCUGAACAGAGCCGCAGCAUCAGACGGGCUGGUGAAAGCUGAGGAGUACGCAGACUACAGGGCCACACAUGAUAUUCGGAGGUUACCUUUUGAUAAAAAAGAGAUGGCUGGUAAAAUGAGAAGCCGGAGGCUUCCUCCCACGAUGGUAUUUGGCAUUCAAAGUAGACCAUCCACGCCUAUUUUUGACCUGAUCGAACACAAAUAUCAAGACAGAUGGCUUAAAGAGAGACACAGUCAUCUUUCAGCCAACAGAUCAGCAGAAUCAAAGAGAAGAGCAAUGUCAGCUCCAGUAGGACCUAGAAGUCAUGGUAUCGUGUAUGAGACGAGGGCAUCUCUGCUGAGACAUUACCAGAACCCUGUGGAUCCUCCCCCUUUAUGGCAGCUACCAAGGUUUACUAAGUCAGCAAAGCCAAAAAUCGAAUCAUUUAGAACAGAAACACAAAAAUCCUCAGCAUUUCUGCACAUGGAAACAGAUAGAAUAGCCAGGCAAGGGGAUUUUGGAACUGGAGUUUAUGAAAUACCCAAAAAUUGAAUUUAAAAAUAUUCUAACAGCUCUUAAAGUCUGAAAACAUUUGGAGAAUUCUAAAUUUUAUGUUUUUAUUGAUUUUGUGCUUUUUGGUGUACUUGCUACUAGCGCAGUUUGAAAUCAAAUAAUUGUCUUUUGAACUUUUGGUCAGCUUUCUUCUUUUUCAAAAGUGAACAAUGUAAUUUUCUUUUCAGUAUUAUGUUGUAUUUUCCAGAUAAUUCUGACUUAUGUAAGUUAAAAACUACAAUAGGAUCACAUCAAACUAUGUGUUUGUGUUUCUGUUAAACAUUCAUUUUUGUUACUUAGGUAAUAUUUAAUUGUAAAAUUUUUAUCAGAUC